AUGUCGACGAUAGGCACUUUGAAGAAUCUUGUAGGUUUGGUGACUGGAGGUGCCUCAGGCCUGGGUCGCGGUACUGUGGAGAGGUUUGUUCGACAAGGAGCAAAGGUUAUUCUCUGUGACUUGCCCACUUCAAAAGGUCAAGAAAUUGCCACAGCACUUGGUGAAAACUGUUUGUUUGCUCCAACAGAUGUCACAUCUGAGGAUGAUGUCAGUAAAGCUUUGGAACUGGCAAAAAGUCGGUUUGGUCGUCUUGAUACAGCUGUUAAUUGUGCAGGGAUUGCUGUUGCUUUCAAAACAUACAACUUUAACAAGAAGCUGCCCCAUGUCUUGGCUGACUUUCAGAAAGUGUUGAUGGUCAAUACUGCUGGCACUUUCAAUGUCAUUCGGCUGGCGGCAGGACUGAUAGGUGAGAAUGAACCCAAUGCAGAUGGUCAGCGAGGAGUUAUAGUGAACACUGCCAGUGUAGCAGCAUUUGAUGGACAGAUGGGCCAAGCUGCGUAUUCGGCCAGCAAAGGAGCCAUUGUGGGAAUGACUCUACCUAUUGCCAGAGAUCUGGCAUCUCAAGGAAUUCGUGUUGUUACUGUUGCACCAGGUUUGUUUGACACACCACUCUUAGCUAGCCUUCCUGAUAAAGUGAAAAAGUUCCUCUGCAGUACCAUCCCGUUUCCAUCUCGCCUUGGCAACCCAGAUGAAUACGCCCAUUUAGUUCAGAGUAUAAUAGAAAAUCCAUUAUUGAAUGGUGAAGUCAUACGCCUGGAUGGAGCUCUUCGAAUGAUGCCCUAG